AUUCGAGCAAGCCUGCGUCGCGUAUCUCUUUUUCGGGCUACAGACGCACACAAUCUCACGAUCAUCGCAACAUCCUCACGGGCUCCAGGUGGCAUGACAUUACUGCUAGUGACCUUAUCCUGCGACGUUUUGGAAAAGAAGUGCCGCCUUCGCUGGCGAUUUUUAAAGUCAUCGCGUCCAGCUGAACUGUGUUGUGUGCCUUGCUGCGCCAUCAUGCCCAUGCACCAGCGUCAUCCUCACAUCACAUACAGCUAGAAUUCCUUCAGCCCCUCCGUCUCACUCCUUACUCCCUUCAAUCCAGCCAGAUUCGCGUUCACCCUAAAACUCUUCUUUUUUCUCGAGUCCUGGCGGAAGCCAUUCUUACCCAGAACGUACGUCAGCUCCGAUUAUUCCGUUGACGUUGUCCUUUUCCGCCGCUUCGAGUCCAUUCCCGUGUUUAACUACCACUCGCGGGUCCUCGUGUUUUACACCUCGCGGGCCCUGCACGUUCGUAACCGUUUGUGUCCGAAUCUGAGCUUGCCAGCCGGCAUCUCGCUGACGGUUGGAGUAAACAGCGUCACAGCAGGCGCUCGCGGCGCCUAAGAUACAGACUAGCGGCGCUCGCGGUAGCACAUUUUCCGCUACUAGAAGCGCCUAUUGCCUUAACGCCCGCUGCAUUGCCUAUCUCUUCUUCCGUAAGACGCCAGAAAAGGCACGAGAUUUUGGUCCCUGCCGCUCCGCAGCCCUGCGACCGCAGCUCGGCGCGCAGCGGCGCAGCGCAUAAGCCCUAACGAGUCCGGACCUUGCGGCGCUGAUCGCACCCGUCAAAUGCAGCCGCGUGGCUGGACUCGGCGCCAGAUUCCACCUGCCAUGGCGGCGAGGAGGCACCAACCUGCGCAGCUCAUCUGAGUCAUCUCUAUAGAUUCGCAAAGAUCGGCCAGCUGGAUUCGAUCCUAGGCACAAGGAAACUGGCGGCUCCGCGCGCCGGGACACGCGAGAGCACUACAGGGCGCAUUGCAGAGAAAGAAAGGAGGAGCACCGCUGGUAUUACUACCACUACACUACUACUACUUCUACAAGGGACGAUCGGCGAUGCGAAUGGCGGAUGUGAGGGCGUCCCACAACCACGGCCACGGCCACGAGCACGAGCACGGCGGGACUGUCGUGGUCGAGUCGCCGCGUGUUACGCCCGGAAUGCUGCAAGCGCCCGGGCUUCCCCUUCAAUACGGGCUGCGGCAGAUGCCGCAUUUCCUGCCGUAUCACCCGACGCAGACGUUCCACCAGCAGCAGCAGCACCAGCACCACCAGCAGCAGCAGCAGCACCAGCAGCAGCAGCACCAGCAGCAGCAGCACCAGCAGCAGCACCAGCAGCAUCAGCAGCAGCAGCAGCAGCAGCAGCAGUUCGAGGACGCAGGCUUCACUAAACAGUACGGCAGUUCCAGCGGCGCUUCUGGCGCUGCCGGGCGAUGGCUACCCACGCCGCCGCCGCCGCCGUCGUCGGCGGCGGCGCCGCCGCUGCUGCAAGAUGUCGCAGCGACAAGGACGACGGUCGGGAGCGCGUCCGACGUGGCAGCGUGGCCAGCGGGAGGCGCGGGAAUAGCGCCAAGUUGCGGGAUCAGCGCCGCGGGGCCUCUCCGCCUGCCGCGCAACUCCCCCGCCCCCCCGUUCGCUUCGAUCCCCUCCGCCUCCGCCAUUUCCUCCUCCGCCUCCGCUAAACCGCUCGCCCUGCGCCUCCCUGUCGCCGCCGUUUCCGCCGCCGCCGCCGCCUGUCCUCCCGCCGCUGCCACGGGCUUUUCGGCCGCGGCUCCGUUAUGCUCUCCUUCGAUAUACUCAUCAAGCGCAUCCUCUCCCUCGUCGUCGCUCCCGCUCCCCACGCCCACAUCCGUCGCGCGCCUUCCCUCUUCCCCGUGGCCUGCGGCGUCCGACGGUCACAAGACCAGCAUUUGCUUCUCCCGCACCUCCUUGCUUCUCUCCUCUCCCCUCUCGUCCCCCCUUACCUCCCCCCGGCCUUCCCCGCGCCAGUCCUCGCUUCCGCCGCCCCUCCCGUCUCCGCUCCCGCCGUCUCUCCCGUCCCCCGUCGCGCUGCCCGGCGGAGCGUCGCUCUGCACCAUUAUCCGCCAGCGCCUCGCCCGCGCGGCCGCUUCCGCCGAAGGUUCCACCAGCGGCGUGGCGGCGCAUCGGGGAGCGCUUGCGACCCAUGCGACUCAUGCGACCCAGGCGUGCGUGGGCGAGGUGUCGGCACUACCAGCGCUGCGACAAGGCGCGGACGACUCGACGCACUGCGUGCGACAGCAGCAACCGCAACGAUCGCAACAGGGGAUACAGACGAUUCUACAGCCUCCGUCGCUGCCGCAGCAGCAGCAGCAGCAGCAGCAAGGGCUGGGAGGAGAGACGCAACAGCAUCAGAACGAGAGGAGAAUCCACGGGGAGGCAGAGGGGAGACGAUGCGGGGAGACGGCACGAGGCGUAGUGACGAGCGGAUGGCUGGAGGAUGCGCUCGCUUGCUCCGACGCUAGCACUGGCAAUGCUGCUACAACUGGUGCAGCUGCUACAGCUGGUGCAGCUGCUACAGCUGGUGCAGCUACAGCCGGUGCAGCUGCUACAGCCGGUGCAGCUGCUACAGCCCUUGCAGGGGCUACAGCAGCCAUGCGCGGCACUGCAUCUGAUGGAGCCCACACGUCAGGGGUUACUGCAGCAGCGACGGCUGCUACUGAAACAGCCCCAUCCACUGGUGCCAAGGCUGUGGCCGCUCCCACCCACCUCAUGCAACUGGUCCUACCUCACCUGAUGCUCCCUCCAACCCAUCCCUCCUCUGCCACUCCUUCCCCUCUCCCCCUUGCUCCUGCUCCUGCUCCUGCUCCUGCUCCUGCUCCUACUCCUGCUCCUGCUCCUGCUCCUGCGUCCGCUCCUGUGCUCACCGCUGCUGCUGCAUCGACGCCUGUGGUCACCCCCCUGCCUUCCUUUCAGGCCGGACCAGCCGCCCCACUCCCCUCUCCGUCUCCUUCCUCUGCUGCCGCCCCGCUGCCAUCUCCAUCCCCCCUCCUCUCCGCCUCCCUCGCCGCCUCCUGCGCUCGCCCGCUGCGCCUUCCCCAGGGCAUCUGCCUGGCUCCUCCCCCCCCGGCCCCUGCUCCUGCCCCUGCCGUGCUCUCGAGCGCGGAGGCGCAGGCAGCUACCGCCUCAUCGGAUUCAGAAGCCGCUGCAGCAGCGGAAGCAGCAAAAGCAGCAGAAGCAGCAGAAGCAGCAAACAGACACACAUAUACACCAGAAACAGCAGUCGAAGCCACAGCAGCGGCAGCAGCAGUGGCAGUAGGUGGAAAGGGACGUGAGACGGGGUGUGGAUCGGGGGUUACGGGCGCGAUGAGAACAGCCGCAGGUGAUGCACCAAUGGUAUCGGCGGCAGCGGCAGUGGCAGCAACAGCAGCAGAAGCGGCAGCAGCAGCAGCAGCAGGCGAUGAUAAUUGCAGGAGCUUCCCUGUCUGUGCCGCUCGGAGUGCGAGUGCGAGUGCGGAGGAGGAGAGGAGAGCGGCUGGGGCGACUGAGGGUGAGACACAUGGCUUGAGUGACUCAGCUGCUGUAGCAGCAGCAGCACCACCACCACCACCACCACCACCACCACCACCACCACCAGCGACGGCGGCAGCAGCGGCGGCACCGGGUACAGAGCCGGAGGGGCUAGGGAGUCCCUACGGGCAGGGAGAGGAGACGGAAGGGAGAACGAGUGAUGAGGCCCCUUUCGGGGGUACGCGGGGAGGUAGGGGAGGAGGAAGAGGGGGAAGGGGAGGCGGAGGGGGAGGGAGAGGCGGAAGGCAGCAGCAGCAGCCGAAGGAAGUGAGGGCGGCACGAGUGAAGGCGGAAGCAGAGGAGGAGCGGGAUGGAGGGCAACUGGGGCCGGCAGGGGCUCACAGGGAGGUGCCUAGUGCGAGAGGCAGCAAGGGCAGGGGCCGGAAAGGGAAGAAUAAUGCAGGGAACGUGCCUGAUGCUGCUGGUGUUGCUGGUGUUGCUGGUGUUGCUGGUGUUGCUGGUGCUGCUGCGGCUACUGCUGGCUGCCCAGCUGGUUUUGCUGCGGGCGAUGCUGCUGCGGGCGGUGUUGUAGUGUGCAGUGGGCCAGGGGACGGGUCGGAGUGCGCUGGUGCUAUGCAGCAGCAGCAGCAGCAGGUGGGGACGGCAGCAGGUGGGUGUGGUGGGAGAGGAGGCAAAGCAGGCAUCAACGUGGGAAUACGCCGACGACCAGCCAAGAGCAAGGCCACUGGUGGGGGCAGAGCGGGAGGAGGGGGGGGGGAUGAUGCUGGCGCUGGUUGUGGCAAUGAGAGUGCGAAGGGAGUGAAAGCUGCGAAGGGCAGGAGGGGCGAGGCGAGAGGUGCAGCAGAGGAGCAGCAGAGCGGGGCAGGGAAGGAGGUGACUGAGGGAGGGAAGGAGGAGGCCGAGGAGGCAGCGGAGGAAGCAGCAGGCAAGCAGCGAGUCCGGGCGGGAAAGGCUUGCCGGAAAGGAGCCCGUGGCAAGGGGACACGUGCUGCUGCUGCUGCUGGUACUGGUACUGCUGGUACUGCUGGUACUGCUGGUGCUCGCACCACCAGCAGCGGGGAUCAUGACAACGAGGAUAACGACGACGACGAUGACAACGACGAUGACGACGACGGGGAGAACGAUGAGGACGCGCUCGGCCGCAUGACCCAAGAGCAGAUCGAGGCUCUGGAGGUGCGCUUUCAGCAGAACCGCCGCCUGGACACGGCGAGAAAGCUGAACCGGCGUGCGCGGUGGCGGCAGAAGAAGAAGGAGAGCGACUUGAGCGCGAUGCAGAGGGAGUAUGGGCGGUUGAAAGUGGCGCGGGAGCAGCUCGGGGAGGACUAUGAGCUGCUGAAGAAGGACUAUGAGGAUCUGCUGCUUCAUAAUGCGGCGUUGCAUGACAAGGUGGAUGAUUUAAUGGCGCAUCUGGUGCAGCAGGGCUUGCUCACCUCUACCACGUCCUCGUGUCUGCGCGACGCUCUGCAGACGGCCGGCCAACUCUCUCCCACCAUCACCACCACCAGCCCCCUGGCUUUCCCGAGCAACACUGCGACUGUCGAACCUGCCCCCGGGGCUGGCGCGGAGGCUCGGACGGACGGCAUGGCGGCUGCCUCGGCAGCUGCCUCGGCUGUUGCGGCUUUCCCUUCCGCUGGUGCUUCUGCUGUAGCCUCUCCUGCAGGCGCUGGAGCGUGGGAAGGAGGGGGGGAAGGAAGAACAAGAGGCGGAGGAGGAGGAGGAGGAGGAGGAGGAGGAGGAGAGGAGGGGAGGAGGAGGAGGAGGAGGAGGAAGGAGGAGGAGGAGGAGGAGGAGGAGGAGGGAGGAGGAGGAGGAGGAGGAGGGAGGAGGAGGAGGAGGAGGAGGAGGAGGAGGAGGAGGAGGAGGAGGAGGAGGAGGAGGAGGAGGAGGAGGAGGAGGAGGAGGAGGAGGAGGAGGAGGAGGAGGAGGAGGAGGAGGAGGAGGAGGAGGAGGAGGAGGGAGGAGGAGGAGGAGGAGGAGGAGGAGGAGGAGGAGGAGGAGGAGGAGGAGGAGGAGGAGGAGGAGGAGGAGGAGGAGGAGGAGGAGGAGGAGGAGGAGGAGGAGGAGGAGGGAGGAGGAGGAGGAGGAGGAGGAGGAGGGGAGGAGGGAGGAGGAGGAGGAGGAGGAGGAGGAGGAGGAGGAGGAGGAGGAGGAGGAGGAGGAGGAGGAGGAGGAGGAGGAGGAGGAGGAGGAGGAGGAGGAGGAGGAGGAGGGGAGGAGGAGGAGGAGGAGGAGGGAGGAGGAGGAGGAGGAGGAGGAGGAGGAGGAGGAGGAGGAGGAGGAGGAGGAGGAGGAGGAGGAGGAGGAGGAGGAGGAGGAGGAGGAGGAGGAGGAGGAGGAGGAGGAGGAGGAGGAGGAGGAGGAGGAGGAGGAGGAGGAGGAGGAGGGAGGAGGAGGAGGAGGAGGAGGGAGGAGGAGGAGGAGGAGGAGGAGGAGGAGGAGGAGGAGGAGGAGGAGGAGGAGGAGGAGGGGAGGAGGAGGAGGAGGAGGAGGAGGAGGAGGAGGAGGAGGAGGAGGGAGGAGGAGGAGGAGGAGGAGGAGGAGGAGGAGGAGGAGGAGGAGGAGGGAGGAGGAGGGAGGAGGAGGAGGAGGAGGAGGAGGAGGAGGAGGAGGAGGAGGAGGAGGAGGAGGAGGAGGAGAGGAGGAGGGAGGAGGAGGAGGAGGAGGAGGAGGAGAGGAGGAGGAGGAGGAGGAGGAGGAGGAGGAGGAGGAGGAGGAGGAGGAGGAGGAGGAGGAGGGAGGAGGAGGAGGAGGAGGAGGAGGAGGAGGAGGAGGGAGGAGGAGGAGGAGGAGGAGGAGGAGGAGGAGGAGAGGAGGAGGAGGAGGAGGAGGAGGAGGAGGAGGAGGAGGAGGAGGAGGAGGAGGAGGAGGAGGGAGGAGGAGGAGGGAGGAGGAGGAGGAGGAGGAGGAGGAGGAGGAGGAGGGGAGUGGUUAAGACCAGGUGCAGCUAGCACAAGGGCAGAUGCUGCUACAGCUGCAGGCAGUGCCGCCAUUGGCACAGCCAGUGCGGCUACAGCAGCAGCGUCCGCCUCAGUAGCAGCCACUGGCCUAUCGGAGCAGCCAGCCAGUGCGUUUUACCCCCAGCCGCCAGACAUGCUCUUCGACUCCUGUCUGCCCCUACCUCUCCCUCCCGAACUGGACCCGGAUCUUUUCAACCCCUGCCCGCCCGCCAGCCCAGGCAGCAGCAACCAGCACCUCGCAUACACGUGCCGCUGCAGCCUUACCAGCGGCAGCGGAGGUGCUGCUGCUGGUGCUGGUGGUGCUGGUGGGGGGCCAGAAGGGUCUGCUUUGGGUGGGUCAGCAGCGAUGGGGUACCCGACCUUCCUGUCCACGUCCCUGUCGUCCUCCCCUGCGUUCAGCAUGGCUGCUGGGUGCUGCAGUGAAUCCCACUGGAAUCGCAGGGAGCGUGUCGAUCGGCCGACGAACCUGCAUUCUGUCUCUGCUGCUGCCUCUGUUGCUGCCUCUGUUGCUGCCUCUGCUACUGCCUCUGCUGCUGCCACUGUUGCUGCGUCUGCUGCUACGUCUGGUGCUGCGUCCUGUGCCAUCCGGGAGGUAGGAGAUGAGGAUGGUAAGGGAUGGGAAGGGGGGGAUGGAGAAGAAAGAGAAAGAUUAGGUAGGGGAGGAAGAGCAAGUUAUUAUUCUAGUCCCCCUCCUCCUCCUCCUCCUACUGCUGCUGCUGCUGCUGCUGCUGCUGGCCCUGCUACUGCUGCUUCUGUUGGAGCAACCACUGCAUCUGCAGCAGCAGCCGCAGGUGCAGCUUCGAAUGCUGCUGCUGGUCCUGCUGCUGCUGGCCCUGCUGCAGUAGCAGUAGCUGCUGGAGACCUCGUCCCAGACAGCCUGCCCCCCCCUUGGGCGUCCUCCCCCCAGCCUGCCCCUUUUGAUGACGCCUCUUCCCAGGGGAUGCAACCUCGCCCCGCCUCUCUUCUUCCUCCCUCUCUUCCUCUUGCUCCGUCCUCCACACCGAAUGCACACAUCCGGCUCGCUCCCAAUGCUCGCUUCCGGGGGGGCCAGUUCCACGGCAAUCCCGAGGCCUGCUUCAGCGAUCCAAUGCAGGGUGCUGCAUGCGAGGACUGGACUCACGUCCAGGAGAGGAGGGAUGGAGGAGGGGGAGGCGGAGGAGGGGGGGGAGGAGGAGGAGGAGGGGAGGGAGGAGGAAGAGGAGGAGGAGGCACGGGAGCGUUCGCCGUUCCUGACUGUUUCUUCCCUUCUGCAGCAAACUUAGCAGCACUGCGCGAGCACCUGGAGGGAGGUGAGAACGAUAAAGAUAACGCUAACGAUGGUGGCUAUCAUGCCAUCGCUUCAGCGCCCCUCGCUGCUGCUGCUGCUGCUGCUGAGGCGGCAGCAGCAGCUGCCUGUGCUGGCGCUGGUUCUGGCGCUGGUGUUGCAGGGUUGCCAGAAGCAGCGUUGAUGCAGGAGUGGGGUGAAGGACUGGGAGGUGCAUGUGAGCUGUAUGCGCUGGACGAAGGGGAUGGCCACGGGAGUAACAACACUGCCAUGCAGCGACUUCACCACCACUAUCAGCAUCAGCAGCACCAGCAACAGCACCAGCAGCACCAGCUGCACCAGCAGCAGCACCAGCAGCACCAUAGCCAGCAGCACGAGCUGUUGCGGCUGUUUGGGCAGCGGCAGGAGGAGGAGGAGCAGCAGGAGGAGCGGCAGCUGGUGCUGGAGUGGUCGCAGUGGCAGGAGACGCAAUGCGCCGAGGAGGACGACUGGGACGGGGUGCAUGCUGGUGAUAGGUACGUUUGGGAGCGGUACGGUGGUGAUGGGCGAGUAGGUGGAGGAGAGCAGGCCUGGAAUGGUGGCAUGGAAGGUGCAGAUGAGGCUGUAGCAGCUGCUAUUGGGGUGAGAGAGUACCAUGCGCAGCACCUGCAGCAAUACCAGCCACCGCAGGGAUACCAACGGCAGCAUGAGCAGCAGCAGCCGCAGCAGCAGGGACACGUACCCCUGAUGCCCCACCGCUCGAGCUCGGCGCCUUCUCCUCCCUUGCCUUCUCCCCACACCCUCACUUCCAGUGCGAGCCGCAGCAGCGCCACUGGCAUCAGUGGUUGCAUGAGUGCUGCUGCUGCUGCUGCUGCUGCUGCUGCUGCUGCUGCUGCUGCAGGACUGCGAGGAGGGCAGGCAGUCAACGGCCACGGCCACGGAAAGGGAGGGGCCGGCGCCAGCGGUGGCAGGUGCGGGUGUGAGGAAGGGGAGGCGGUUACGGUGGGGAAAGACAGCCGAUUGGGAAGUAGGGAGGGAAGCAACAGCGAUGGGAGUGCUGACUUAGCACUGCAGCAGAGAGCUUUCAAUGGCCGUGAUCCUCACAUAGGAGAGGCGACCUAUGGGGCUUUGCCCCUGUGUGUAGAAGCAACCACGCCCCAAGCAGGGGUAGGAGAUGCUUCUAAAAUGGCCAUGGCUGCGGAAGCCAGGAGCUUGGUGCGUGACGGCGGGCACCUCCAGGCGCUCCUUCCCCUGCGUGAGGAGGGUUGCCACCUUGGCCACGGGGGUCAUCUAGACUUGAACUUGCUGGGCUUUCCUACGCCGCCUGCAUCUCCGGGCUUUGAUGGGGCAGCAAGGGCUGAAAUUGACAACUUGGGUACUCAAGAAGCCGAAGCGAUCUCGCUGAUACACUGGGCUGAUGAGCCUGCUGUCUUUUGAGAUGUGGACGCAGGUUUUGGCGUUUUUUGUUGGAUUAGAUUUCCUUUUUUGAUAUGCUUGUGUUUUAUUAUACCCUUACAUGAGCUGUUUGUAGGAAGGUGCUCCAUUUGUGUCUCGCAAAUGAAACAAGUUGGAGAUGUAAUGGUAUGUAUUAUAACUCAGAGUAUAGU